AUGUUUGCCAGACCAUUCGCCUUCAGGGCGCUUGGGCAGUUGUGUCCGACUGCCGCGCCUCCGUCCGGAUUGUACACGUCUGCUCCGACAUGGAGAUACUUCUCUUCCAGUAUCGCCCGAACGAAAGCCGCCACCAAGGUCAAGCUACCGUCAAAGCAAAUACCUUCUCAAAAGCCAAAGCCCACACCCCUGGAGGAAGAGACUCUCAAGUUCGCCGGACGACGACCACAAGGCUUCGGGAAGCUGGAACGGAAAGUCGCCAAAGAAGGAGAGCUACUCCUAUUUAAAGCCCCCUCUCAGCGCAGCUAUCUACUCGGCGCCUACGGACUCACGGCUUUCUGCUUCGCGUACUCGAUAUACAACUCCAACAUCGUUUUCCGAGACCCGAUCAUUGAGAUGCCCAUGUGGCAGCAGGGUCUGGCCGGCGGAAUUUGUGUCAUGAUGAGUGUUAUGGGUACGGUCUUCCUCACCAAGACUUUGAGGCUCAUCAAAACGGUCAAGGGCGUCAACUUGAACGGCCAAACGUACAUUCGCUUCAGUAUCCGGCGCAUGAUUCCGUUCCGGAAGCCGUAUGAGGUCGAUGUACUCCCUGGCCAGAUUGCUUUUACGCGUCGCCUGGUGGUCUCGCCCGAGGCUAUGCGUGGCGAACGGAUAUCUCUCAACACGGAGCCAACUCGUUCGUCGUCCUCAAUGAGUAUCCUCAAAGCUCCUGCCAGAGCGCUCAGCAAGCUUCUGUGGCGAUUCUUCAGGUCUGUCCGGCAAAUAUUCACUUCCGAGGACUUUAUCCUUCUUGAGAUCCAAGGUCAGAAGGGCACUUUCCGACUGGACUCUGGUGGGUAUGUCUCAACAGACUUUUUGGUCAUUGGGAAUCCAUUGGCUCUGAAGCGAUAG